CCGAGUCAUUAGCUGGACAAACCAACGCAUGGAUCAGCCCCCUCUUCUUGGGAGCGGCCCCAGAGCCGCAGCCAUUACCCACAAUGGAUCAGCUCCCUCCUUCGUCGCAAUGGAUCAGUACGCAGCCUCUACAUCAACUUCACCACCGGAAAAGGCGCCGACGGCAGCAGCGUUCCGGGCCCCGGAACUCUGUGGAGAGUCCAGCUACAACAGGAGAUCAUCUGACACGAUCAAGGCCAAGAUCAUGUCCCACCCUCUCUAUCCGGCUCUCCUCGGAGCCUUUAUAGACUGCCGGAAAGUCGGAGCGCCGCCGGAAGUUGUUGGUCGGCUCUCCUCCCUCUUCGACGAGCUCCGGCCAAAUUCAGCCGACAUGCAGGAACAGCCGGCGGACCCAGAGCUCGACCAGUUCAUGGAGACCUACCAUGAUAUGCUGGUGAUGUACAGUCAGGAGCUCACGAGGCAAAUCCAAGUAGCCAAUGAGCUCAUGAGGAGCGCUGAGGCCCAUAUCGACUCAUUUGCACCAGCAACUGGCGGCAACAACUACAACGAGUGCGAGGGUUCUUCCGAAGAUGGGCAGGAGACCGGCGACGUCGCCGGCCUGCCUUCCGGCGAGGGCAAGCAGCUGACGAGCCAGCUCCUGGACAAGUACAGCGGCUACCUGAGAAGCCUCUGGAGGGAGCUCUCCGGGAAGAAGAAGAAGAGCGGCAGGCUGCCGAGGGAGGCGCGCCAGAGGCUCCUGCACUGGUGGCAUCUGCACCACGGAUGGCCCUACCCAUCGGAACCGGAGAAGCUGGCGUUGGCGGAGUCGACGGGGCUCGACACGAGGCAGAUCAACAACUGGUUCAUCAACCAGAGGAAGCGGCACUGGAGGCCGGCGCCGCCGGCGAUGGGUAGCAGGUUGCAGCACAUCGACGCCGGUGCUUCCAGCAGCAGCUCUCCUGCCGUCCUUGGGAUGGAAGGCCAGCAAUUCACCGGACGGAGUGGGUAUCCCGACGGUGGUCCGUUUUGAGACCCUAAUCAGUCGACUGCAUGCCCCGCAUCGUGUGCUAGCUCGCUACCAUUGUGCACGCGCGUAUGGAGUACAACACGCACGCGCUUCCGGACGUGCAUGCAGUAGAUUCAUUGCAAAGUGAAGUUUACAUGUGUAAUAAUGGAGCGUAAAUGAGAUCAACUUUUUUUAGGCAAAAUUGUAUGGAUCAUGGGGUUCGAGAAGCCAAAUGUGCCGCCCCUGAUCCAAUGAAUGUGAAAACUUGGCUAACCUAUCAACAUUGUCAAGGAGACGUAAUGGCAGAAGCUUGGUCAUUGCCUUGUAUACGUACCAUGCAAAAUAAUGGUUGC